GCUUCGAUUUAUUUUCCUCCGGGAUUCAAGUUUUUACUAUAACAUUAUAAAAAUUUAAAGUAUUCGUUCGAAAUAUCCGAAUUAUCUUUUUAUAUCGAAUUUCUAGUCUUCCACGUUUUCUACUAUUAUCCGCUUUUAUCACUCGCGUUUCUUACAAUGCCGGUAAAAAAUCUUUAAACCUGCCGCGAAUGCGAUGACCAUUUCGGAGCAAAGAUCCGAGAAGGAGAAGAGGCAACAACGUAGGCGCGUGGCUUUUUAUACACGGCAGUGUCUACGAGGGCACACACGACGAUAACGCAUUGAGAAAAAAUGUCGGAGUUAUGAGUUGAAAGGAGUUACUGCGUUAUUUCGUUCGCGAUUCAGACACUUUCAUGAAUGAGGAUUCAGAUAUGUCGGGGCAAAAUGAGUCCAGGUCGACACCAGAACGCAGAGUUCUUGGAGAGUUGGGAAACUCUAAUCCAGAUUCGCCCACCGCCAAUUUAAGACUGCUCACUAAUUUGGCAUCUAGCUUAAAAAGUGCUACAGACAGUCCACAUCAAGGUAGCUCAAGUUCUGGUGCAGCCACACAACUGAUGCCUGUCCAGAAUACAAGCAAUGUUAGACUUUUACCAAGGAAGGAGAAGUCCCUCAGUCUUCUGUGCAAUAAGUUUUUAAAUUUAUUUCCUUUAAAUAUUCAAGAAAACUCUCUCAAAGAGAUAUCUCUUAAUACAACAGCUCAAGCUCUUGGUACUGAAAAAAGAAGAAUAUAUGACAUUAUAAAUGUCCUGGAGAGUUUGGAAAUGGCUACCAAGGCUGGCAAGAAUUUAUAUAAAUGGCAUGGUCAGUCUCGGUUGCCUUCAACUCUUGCUAAGCUAAAAAUGUCAGCAAUUGAUCUUGGUCUGGAAAAGCAUAUUCAAGAUAUCCAAAAAUUCAACAGAGCAUACGUGGAAGAUUCUUAUCAGUCAAACUGUAAUACUUCAGAUGCUCUAAUGGUUCCUCAAAGCCCAACUGUAAACUAUUGUUUUCCAGGUAAUCCUACCAAGGAAGAGAAAAGCUUAGGUAUUAUGUGUCGAAAGUUUGUUAUGCUAUUUCUUGUUUCUUUAAAGAAUGGUGUAAUAAACUUAGAUAUUGCAGCCAAGGUUUUGAUUAAUGAGGAAGACAAUUCUACUGACAUAAAAAGUAGUGCUGCUAAGUCGCGGUAUAAAACGAAAGUCAGGCGUCUUUAUGAUAUUGCAAAUGUUUUAUCAGCUAUUGGUUUAAUCAAGAAAGUUGAUUUAUAUAAUUGCGUAAUUAGAAAGCCAAUUUUUAAAUAUACAGGCCCAAGUGUCGACUGUCUUAAUUUUGAUGCAGAAACUCCAUCAACGGAGAAUGGAAGUCAAUCCUUGGUGGGGAUGACUACACCAAGUAAGAAAUCAUCUGAUACCUUCAGCUUUCGUACUUUAAGCAGAAUUUCCCGAUUUCUUGCGAAUACUCCCAUUACCAGUAAACGAGAACCGAAAAAGAGAAAAUUAUUUAAUUCAGAUACUAAAUUUGAACGAACUCAAAGUUCGCCGUGCUUAAGCACAGGAAAAGCCCGUAUUUCAGAUCGAUUGGACGAUUCGAUUUUGCAAGUCGCCGAGAUGGAAUUGAAACGUAUCAAAUCAAGUGAACGCAAGCCAAAAGUCCGUACGAAUUUGUUUCCAAGGCAUAAUUCUGACUCUCUCAUUCCCCCUUUAAAAUUAGAGUUUGACAUGACAAACGCAGAAGAACUCUCAAAUGUGGUAUCGACUUCUUCAACUGUUCUUCCUGUAGUUAGUAAAGAAAAUCUAGUCAAAGAAUCGCAAAAAGUAAUUACACCUAUUCCAACGGUGCGAAUUGUCGUACCGCCAAAUGUGAAUAGAGCGUCGUUCCCAUUGACAAAGUGCGGUACACCGAAAUUCAUGAAACUCACUAAACUUGAUAUGAAGAAAUUGAUACCAAUUUCGAAAGAGGAUAUAAGAUUAAGAUUGUCUUCCGUAAAUCAAUCACCGAAUUUAAUGCAAAAACCAAAUAUCGCUAUUGUGACACAGAUUCCGAAUAAUAGAAUUUCUCCGGGUGAUACCUUUAAGGCUAUAGAAGUAGACAAUACUUUAAAACUAGUACUAAUAAAGCAAAAAGGUGAUAAUGAAAAAAAAAAAUAAUAGCAACUGGGAAUUGUUGCUAGCAUAAAUGGGCUAAAGGAUUGUGCCUUUUUAUUAUACAAUCUAAUCUGCAGACUAGACAGAUAUUAUGUCUAAAACGAAAAAAAAAUUAUGUAUAUAUAGAGAUUUUUAUAUAUAGAUUUACUUUAAUAACUCAUCGAUUCAUGAUAAAAUAUUGUACUAACGCGCUUGUACCGCGAAUUUCAGUCGUAUGUAAUGUUGCAUAAGAAGGAUUUUCAUGACCAUCAAUCAUACGUUAUAUACAAAAUUUAAAUAUACAUAUAUUUAUUAAUGUUAUAUGGCAGCAGGCUAGAUUUAAGUGCAAAUUAAGUCGCUUUCUUAUUACCAAAGCAUUUUUUGUUAGAUCUCUUGGCUUCAAGGCUUAGACUGUUAAAAAUUAUGAAACAUAAAAAUUUAUUUCAAAUUUAGUUAUAAAUGUAAUCAGAAAGCAAACCAUACUGCUUUAUUAUAACAUUUGUUUUUGUAAUUAUAUUUUAUGAAUUUAUGUUUACUAUAAAUGAGUUGUUGACACAAACUCAUUGAUAAUGAAUUGACUAUUAUGAAGAUUGGAUUAUAAAAAAGUUAUAUUAUUUUUUUUCUUUUUUGAGAAAUGUACUUGAUGAAUUGAUUGUUUCUCAAUCUUAUAGAUUUAUUAUUUUAAGUUGUAUAUUUUAAGAGAAAACAAAGUUUUUUCAAAAUGCAAUAUGAUUACACAAAAAUUUCUUUAUUUACACAUUGUUGCCAAAUAAAUGUUUCUUCUCAAGGGAAUUGUUUGCUUGUUAAACAAUGUAAUUAAAAAUGAUCUUUUUACAGUAAAAAUAACACUUUUGUAUUAAUUC